AUGUUUUCAACGCAUCGUCAAUUGGAAAAGCGCACUGGCAAAUCUGGCACUCCAAGACUGGAAUACCUCCAGGAACUCGUUAACGAAUAUCAGAACACAAGCGACCAAGAGGCCAAAUAUCAAGUUCUCGCUAAUUUGGCCAACUUUGCUUAUGAUCCUAUAAAUUAUGAAUGGCUUUGGGAACUAAACGUCGUUGAUCUGUUCCUUGGUUCCUCUUUGACAGACACAUUGACCGAACCAGAUGAAAAGAUCAAGGAGUUUGGCCUCAGCGGACUAUGCAACCUGUGCUUAGAAAAGCGCAAUAAGGAACACAUCAUGAAUAACGACGGUGUUCCGCUGGUGAUCGAUUGUAUUUUCAGCGAAAAAGAGGAUAUAAUACUCUCGGCGAUCACCACGUUGAUGUUUUUAAUUUCCCAGAAUGAUGAUGACGAAAAAGGUGAUGAACAACUGCUUGUUCGAAAAUUGGCGGAUAAGAGUGACGUUCUGAUAGAGAAUUUCCGCCCCGGAGUCAUGGAAAAAUGGGGACUCGGGCCCGAAGAACUAUAUAAAACCAAUCCUUCGCUGAUAUAUACGCGCGUCUCCGGAUUCGGACAAACGGGUCCAUACGCGAAGAAGCCCGGUUUCGCAUCAGUGUGUGAGGCGAUGGCGGGCUGGCGAUACAUCAACGGAUUUCCGAAUCAACCGCCGGUACGCCAGAAUAUAUCCCUUGGUGACUCCUUGACUGGUUUGACAGCGGCCCUUGGCACCGUUUUAGGUCUUUUGGCCAGAAAUAAGAUCGCUCAAGCAGGGCAAGUUGUCGACGCGGCCAUUUAUGAGAGUAUGUUCAACAUGAUGGAAGGAGUGUUACCAGAGUACGAUCGAUUCGGAGAAAUAAGACAACCCUCCGGUACCUCGGUAACGGGCAUUGUGCCCACGAACGCUUAUCCCUGUUCGGACUCUAAACAUGUCAUCAUCGGUGGAAAUACCGAUUCCCUGUAUAAAAAGUUGAUGAAAGUUGUCGGGAGGGAGGACCUCACGACUUCGGAUUACGAGACGAAUAAAGAACGCGUUAUCCACGAGCGUCUCAUCGAUGGCGCAAUUUCGGAAUGGACAAGAAAACAUACUUCUGAAGAGGUGGUCGAGAGACUGGAGGAAGAGGGCAUUCCAUGUGGACACAUAUACAACAUAAAAGAUAUCGUCGAAGAUAAGCACGUGCAAUCGCGUAACGUGCUCGAAACCGUCAAAGUGGGUGAAAACAGAGAGGACGGCGGUUGGGAUUUGAAGACACCUGGCGAAACAACCUGGGCUGGCCCGGAUUUGGGACAACACAACAGGGAGGUUCUGGUGGACAUUUUAGGAAUAGGCGAAGACAAAAUUAGGGAACUGCAAGAGCACGGAAUCGUUGGUAAAACCUUAUGA